AUCGGUUUUUAUUAAUUUGUCUUCAAUGUCUUAUUCCACAGUUUUGAUGAAUUAUGUUUUACUUUCAAUACAUACAAUUAUGCAAUUGAUAAUAUAAACUUUCAAAUAUUAUAGACUUUCAACUGGGCGCAUAUUGCCGGAUUGCAGGCCUGUAGAUUUCAUGGCUUUCCUUAAAAUCUCUUGAAGAGUAUCCCUACUGCACAUAAGAUGGGUAAGGAGGACAAAGCGACUUGGAAGUCUAACUUCUUCACCAAACUUGUGCAACUUCUGGAUGACUAUCCAAAGUGCUUUAUCGUCGGAGCUGACAAUGUCGGCUCGAAGCAGAUGCAGCAGAUUAGGAUGAGUCUGCGAGGAUCAGCUGUUGUGCUCAUGGGCAAGAACACCAUGAUGCGAAAGGCCAUCAGAGGUCACAUCGAGAGGAACCAAGCUCUCGAGAAGCUGCUGCCUCACAUCAAGGGCAACGUUGGCUUCGUGUUCACACGCACCGACCUGGUCGAGGUGCGCGACAAGCUGCUGGAGAACAAAGUGCGAGCCCCAGCCAGGAACGGAGCCAUCGCUCCCUGCCCGGUCGUCAUCCCAGCACAGAACACUGGUCUCGGACCCGAGAAGACCUCUUUCUUCCAGGCUCUCUCCAUCCCCACCAAGAUCUCAAAGGGAACAAUUGAAAUUAUCAAUGACGUGCACAUUCUGAAAGAGGGUGACAAGGUAGGCGCCAGCGAAGCCACGCUCCUCAACAUGCUCAACAUCUCUCCGUUCUCGUACGGUCUGCUUGUGCAAAUGGUCUACGACUCCGGCACCAUUUUCGAGCCCAAGAUCCUCGACAUCAAGCCCGAAGACCUCAGAGUCAAAUUCAUGGAGGGAGUUGCUAAGCUGGCAGCAGUGUGCCUCUGCAUCAAUUACCCGACCACGGCCUCGGUGCCGCACAGCAUUGUCAACGGAUUCAAGAACCUGUUGAGCAUUGCGGCUGUCACCGACGUCGAGUUCAAGGAAGCCAACACUGUCAAAGAGUUCUUGAAGGAUCCAUCGAAGUUCGCCGCAGUGGCAGCAGCCCCAGCUGCAGCUGCUGCAGCUCCCGUCAAACAGGAGAAGAAGGAAGAAAAGAAGGAGGAGUCUGAGGCAUCCGAUGACGAUAUGGGCUUUGGAUUGUUUGAUUAAGAACAUCAUCCCCAUCCAGAUUUUUUAAAGAAAAUAAAAAUCUAAAAACCUGA